UUGCAGUCAACAGUUGUUGAUCAGACUUUUUAUCAAAAAAAAAACUUUUCAUUAUGAAGAUCUAUCUAGCGUUUUUUCUCACCUUGGCCUGCACUACCUCCUGUUUAGCCAAAAAGUACAAUCGUUGCUCGUUUAUAAGAGAAAUGUCGAGUUUAGGAGUACCAAAGGAUGACUUAGCACGUUGGUCCUGCAUUGCCAGUCAUGAAUCUUCAUUUAAUACCACUGUUAUAACGGAGCAAACCAGUCCAAAGGAUAGCCAAGAUUAUGGUAUUUUUCAAAUUAAUGAUAAAUAUUGGUGUAAACCUUCCAAUGCUCGCUUCAGCUAUAAUAUGUGUCAUGUCAAGUGUAAUGAUUUAUUAAGUGAUGAUAUAAACGCCUCGAUGACUUGUGCUCUUAAAGUAUUGGGACAGCAGGGAUGGUCGGCUUGGCCUUCUUUAAGUAAAUGUGAAGGUGAUUUACCUUAUAUUCCACGCAGAUGUUUAAGUUGAAGUGAAUCGUUAAAUUUAAAAGUUAAAUAAACUAUGAAUGAAUAUUUAAUAAAUAAAACAGUU